AUGGCGCCGGAGCCGGAGCCGGAGGACGGGAGGGAGCUCUACGCUCUUCUGCACCUCUCGCCGGAAUCCUCCGACGAGGAAAUCCGCAGGGCAUACCGCCAGUUCGCGCAAAUCUACCACCCCGACAAGUACCAGGACCCCCAGGUAGCCCUCCCGCCCCCUCUCUCCGUGCUGCCGAUGAGAUUCGAUUGGUGGGACCAAUUGGCUAUUGUCCAGCGGUGGCUUAGGGUUGCUACGCUUAGAGCUUUUGUUGGUGGUGACAUUGCCGUAGCUUGCGGUACGAUGAAGGAUGUAGCAACUGAAAACUUCCAACGGAUACGUGAUGCAUAUGAGAUACUAUCGGAUGAGAACAAAAGACAGAUCUAUGAUAUUUAUGGCAUGGAAGGUUUAAAUUCUGGUCUGGAACUUGGUCCCAAGUUAAAUAAACCCGAAGAAAUCAAACGACAGUUGGAAGAGCUGCGACGGCCAUUAAUGAUUCAGUUUUUUGAUUUCAAAAUUGCUAGAAUGGGAAUGUCUAGUGAAAUUGAGCUGCCAGUAUCCAAGCAAAACACUGUGACUGUUGGUGGAAAUUUGGUCGUCAAUGGUACGACUGGAUCUGGUGCAGCAACUGCUGUGCUGCGCCAUCAGUUGUCUUCUGUGUCUUCGAUAGACUUCAUGGCAACAGCUGGAUUACGUUCCCUUAUUGGAGUACAGACAUUUCGUCAGAUUUCACCAAAUUCAACAGCAACUUCUGGAAUUGCUCUCUCAUUGAGAGAUGGAUCUGUUAACCUGUCAAAUGGCUGGAGUCGCCAAUUAUCUGAAGACACUGUUGGCAAUAUACAACUUGUCCUUGGUACUGAAUCAAAUAUAUCUGUCGGAUGGCACAAGAAGGAUGAAAAAAGGUCUGCGGCAGGAGAAAUAAAGUUUGGUACUAAUUCAUUUGGGGCGUCUGCUCAUUACACCCAUCGUUUCUCCUCAAAGUCCCAUGGUCGUAUUGCUGGUAGAGUUGGAAGCACGGCCCUUGAUUUUGAAAUUGGAGGAGGAAGACGGAUAUCAGAGUUCAGUACAGUAAGGAUGCUCUAUAAUAUAGGAAUCCAGCCAGUUAUAUUAAUAUUCAUUAUUUGCUCUGAGAUGCAGGGUGUCACUUGGAAAUUUGAGUUGAAUCGUGCUGGGCAAAAGUUAGUUAUCCCAGUCUUGCUUUCAACUGACUUCAAUGCGUUAUUCGUCACCGGCGCAUUUGCUAUUCCUUCAACUCUAUAUUUUCUACUUCAGGUUCUAAUAUUCCUGACCUACUUGCAUUCUUACCCUGGCAGAAAUACAUAUGUUGUGAAACCUUAUUAUCUAAGGCGAGAAAAGCAGAAGACACUUGAAAAAAUGGAUAGCUUGUCUACACAGCUAACAGAAGCUAGACAAGCAGCUAAGAAGUCACAAAGAUUGCUGGAACCCGUCUCUAAUCGCAAGAGGAAUAAACAGCAGGAGAGUGAUGGUUUGGUAAUCACAGAAGCUCUGUAUGGCAAUCAUAAAAAGGUCAAAGAGAGUAGUCAAUUUAGUGAGAUAGAUGAUAAUGUGGCUUCACAAGUAUUAGAUGUGACGAUCCCACUCAACUUCCUCGUGACCGAGGCAGGUCAGCUCAAGCUUCACGAGGGGAUAAAGAAGUCCGGAAUAAUGGGCUUCUAUGAUCCUUGCCCUGGAGAUCCGAAGCUACUGCUCGUCGAAUACAUAUUUCAUGGUCGGCAAUACAAGGUAAUGGCAGAUGAUUACGGUGCACUGUCGAUACCACAAGACAUUCAUGAGAUUUGA